GUCAAGACGCUCUGAGGUACCCCACCAAGACAGCUACAUUGUCAAUGUGUGUGAUUAUGCCAUGAUGGGAAUGGCGCAUAGCAAUCGUUGCGCUCUUAUAAUUUCAAACUAACCUGAGGAUGUAUUGGAAGCGGAGUGAGCGACUACAACCCUGAUUUGAAGUUGGAUAGCCUACACGAAUCACUCGAAUUUAAUAACAGAAACGAUGACUGAAGGAAACAACAGCAGUGUCGGCCUACUGAAUUGGUCCUUGACGGAUCUGGACCGGUUCAGUAGCCUAGAGGACAUCGACGUGACAGCGGACGGGACUCCGAUUUUGAGGGUGUUCAUCUGCGUCGUUUACUCGGUGGUGUGCGCUGUGGGCUUGGUGGGCAACUUACUGGUGCUCUUCUUUAUCAGAGUGAAACAAGAGCGGAAAAAAUCCAGAAUCAACUUUUUUGUCCUUAACUUGGCAGUGACGGACUUCCAGUUUGUAUUGACUCUGCCGUUCUGGGCAGUGGACACCGCACUUGACUUCAGCUGGCCGUUUGGAGAUGCCAUGUGCAAAAUCAUCAGCUCCGUCACCGUUAUGAACAUGUACGCGAGCGUGUUCUUUCUGACUGCAAUGAGCGUCACCCGAUACUGGUCCGUCGCCUCCUCUCUAAAGGACCGAACUAGGCAAAAGUCCUGCUCUGCCAAAUGGAUUUGCGUGGUUCUUUGGGUAUCCGCAACAUUUGCGACUGCACCAACAUCCAUAUUCUCAACCGUGACAAAUGUAGCGGGGGAAAACUAUGUUUGCUUAAGUUCCCUGAUGGACAAUAUUGGUUAGCAGUUUAUCACCUUCAGAAAAUAAUAUUUGCAUUUGUUUUACCCAUGGCCAUUGUUUCAGUCAGCUACAUCAUGCUUUUGCGAUUCAUCCGCAACCGUAGUAUGAAAACAAACACCAAACGGACAUCACAAGUCACCAAAUCUGUCACCAUCGUGGUCCUGUCCUUCUUUCUUUGCUGGAUGCCAAAUCACGCCAUCACAUUCUGGGGCGUCCUUGUGAAAUUGAAUGCUGUGCAUUGGGAUAAAUCUUACUACAUAGUUCACACUUACGUAUUUCCUGUGACAGUCUGCCUUGCGCACGCCAAUAGCUGUCUAAACCCUGUAAUUUAUUGCCUAAUGAGAGAAGAGUUUAGAAAGAAACUGAAAGAUUUGUUAUAUCGC